AAAAUAGAGAAACUCAAUCCUUUUUACAUUAUUAGUAACCGGUCUAGUGCUACUAGGAUACAAAAUAGGACCAGUUUUCUUGAUCAACUCUGCAUGGGAUAUUUAUUUGUUGAGCUCUGUCUAUUCCGUUUGCCUAUUUGGGCCAAUCUUUACGACCCAAAUCUCCAUGUUGACGGGUCGGCCCAAUGACCUCGAGAUAACUCAACCGGUCAACUGGAUAUGCAUAUGACAUAUCCAUCAUUAAUCUAUGGAUUGUAAAGAUUGGAAUUUUGAUUUUUUUAUUUUUUAUUUUGGAUCGGAAGGGGAUCCCUAGUGUUGUAAAAACUCAACACCUCGCAUCAUGGAAGUGAGGUGUUGGCACACUCAUUUCAUCGUCAGUCAUGGCCUAUUAGACGCAACAAGGGGAAGCUCUACAGUCGAUCCAACUAUUGGAGCACUAGGUUGCUUGUUUCGUGAGGAUGUCGGUUGCUUUAUUUUGUUCUCGAAACAUAUGUCGAAGAGUCACUGUUUAAUUUUUACUCGACUAUUUCCUAGAGCUCUCAAUGACACUCUUGAUGGGGUGAUGUUUUCCUUGAAUUAGUUGAAUCCAAUCGGUAGCCAUCUGCAUGUCGCUCUGAAUUUCCAUUCUAUUGAUACCCCUAUGUCACACCCAUUUAAGGCCUUUGUUGAUAGCCCAACAUUCCACAUAAUCUGCAUGGGGUGCUCUCAUUUUGUACAUGAAACCUCCCAUCCAGGUACCAUUGUUGUCUCAAAGAAUACCUCCGUAGAACCCCCAUGGUGAGGUUCCUAUCAUGAUUGUCAUCCAUUUUGGUAGUAGAGUCAGUUGCGGAUGAUAUUAUUCUGCAAAAAUGCAAUUCGAAACGAAGAAGAAGAAGAAGAAGACGAGUUUCAGUUACAAAGUUGUGGGUGAAAAUCUGAAGCUGAUUGAUAUAUCUUCAGAGGACGAUUUCCUUAUCGCUUCCCCUUUGUUUGAUUCUCUUGAAGACCUUCGACUUUCAGUGACGUGGGAUAAUAGUAAGGAGAAUGAGGGUUCCAAGGUUUCAGGCAAUGGAACUUCUUCCAGGAGCAGUGCUGCAGAAGAACUGUUGCAGAGACAACAGAGCAAGCCUUCAUCAAUGGAGUCUGGAAGACCUAGUUACUUGAGAAAAAGUUUGGCUUGGGAUAAGGCUUUCUUCACUAGUGCUGGAGUCUUAGAUGCUGAUGAAUUAUCACUCAUAAGCAAUGGAGCCUGUCAGCUGUCUGAAACUCAACAAGAUGUCCGUGCAAGAAGACCAGAAGGCAGUUCAAAUGAUGAUCAUCUCUCUGUUAACAGCAUUUUAUCCUCCAAGGAAGAUGGAAUCAGUUCUGGGAAUAUGAUCAAGUCUGCAACAGCUUCCAAAAGGGAUCCAAUCAAUAUUCCAAGAUUGGAGAGAACUAAAACCAAGAUUAAUGGAGAGUUCAGCUUGCAGUCGGUCAAGCCGCCUAAGGUAUUGACGACAAAGAUGAAAAAUAAUGUUUCUUCUGGGCACAGAAAAACAGGUUCAGUUGGGGGUUUCCAUGCCAAAAUGCAAGAACCGAAGACAGCUAGAACUGCACAAGCUUUGUUGGCUCCAAAGAAAUCUGCUUCUGGGACUGGGAGUUCAUGUAGUACAGUUCGAUUUUCAUCAUCAACUCCAACAGUUUAUUCGUCUGUUUCUUCCAUACCCAAACGUGAUUCGUCCACAAAAGCUUCUUCUUCUUCUUCAACCAUUCUGAAAAACAAGUCAGGAUCCAGAAAGACUAAACUCUGUACCUCUGUUUCAACCUCACUUGGAACCACACAUCUGAAAAAUCUCAUCAGUUUCUCAAUCCCAAACCAACCUCAAUACAAAUCUCCUCCUGCAAGCUCCACCAAGGCUGCAGUGGCAACAUCUCCCAUUCAUGGCACUCCAACAGCUUCUAACUUGAGCAACCUGCAAACUCCACGCUUCAUUUCUCAGGAAACAAUAUCCACACCGAGUCAACUCGGUGAACAAGCAGUAUUAUUGGGACCUGCUGCUUCUUCUGCAGCAUCCUCUGGGAAACCUUCCAGUCUUCGUCUCCCAUCUCCAAAGAUUGGCUUCUUUGAUGAGGUGGGGCCAAAAGCAAGUAGAGUGUUGAAGUUUGAAAUAGGAAAGGCAAGCAAACGGUGUGCAGAAGAAGGCAAAUCUGCAGGGAAAGCUCUGAAGCCUCAAGCAGCUAAAACUCCGGUCGGAACCGGUAAACUGAAGAAUAAUGUUUCAACUCCUCAUCGUCAGCUCCGAAGCUGUGCAUCUUUCAGGCUAGCGAGCAAACACGGCGGCAUCCACUCUCCGGAGUGUGACCGUGAAAUCUUCUGCAAGUCGAGGAAACUGGGCGCCGGGGAACACGAAAGGAGAAGCGUCGAGGUCGGAAGUGGCGCCGCCGUUAAAUCAAGAAAGAAAAGGGCAGGAGAAGUUAGCGAUUUAAGCAGGCGGUUGGAGCUCAUUGAUUUAUGGGAUGACCUGAAGAUAGACUGUCAAUGGCGGCAACCUCACGGUGAAAAAUCUGCAGAAUCUCCUUUCUGUUCAAGAACUCCCCUUGCAGAUAAAACUCGUAUCUGCAACGUGGAGACGAAGAAAACGGAGAAGCCUCUAUCUUUCCCAUCUUCACAAAGCACUGAUAAAGAGAACAUCUGAGCUCUCUGUGCAGUGGAUUCAUCACACAAUUUUAAUUAGUUAUGUUUUUUAAUUUGCUUUUGUUUGUGGAUUUGGAAUUCCAAACUCUUGCUCCAAUUUCGAUCAUAGAUUAAUGAGACAUACACAACAAUUAACAAUUAUGGAUCAACCAAUUCAACGCAAAGAAAAGUGCAGUCUUGCUUUAAUUUCAUACUGGAGUAAAUUUACAAAGAAAAUAAUGA